AUGGGGCUGAAUGCAUCAUCGGACGAGUGGUGCCACCGAUCUGACGACGCAAUUCACGGAAUCGAUGGCGUGACGAAGUUAGUGGACGACGUGCUAAUUCAAGCCGAAAGCGAAGAAGAGUUGAAAUCAAGGUUGUAUCAAGUACUAGAACGUUGCAAAUCUCACGGCAUAACGAUAUCGAAAAGGAAGAUCCACGUUGGGACGCCGUUAAAGUUCGCUGGUUUCUUGAUCACGCAAGAAGGAAUCCGCCCCGAUCCAAAUAAGACA